AUUUCGAGCAGAACGGGGUGCGGAGCGAGAGAAAGCAAAAGGGAGAAAAUAAAAUAUGGCGAAAAAUUCUACUGGCGGUCGAAGCACGGUAGCUCCGUAUUGAAAAGCGAUUUUCUAUGGUAAAAAGUGAUUGUACUCGUACCGAACGUGUGAAAAACGCAUCGCGAAUGCGGCUUGUUUGUUGCAAGCAUAGACAACAAUGCAGAAUGCUGAACAAUCCGGAGUGAAAAACCGGGAAAAAGUUGUAAAAUCAGUGAAUCAGCAGACUUCGUCGAAAUCACAGCUGCAGCAGAGGCAGCAGCCUCCAUCAUCAUUGUCGUCGUCUUCGUUGUCUUCAUCCGCAUCAACAUCAACGGAAGGAGAAGUGGCAAAGGCAUUCGCAUCAGCUUCCCUCGGUGGAGCACCCAAAACUUCGUCAUCGCCACCGUCGAAACCAGCGAACAAUAGCAACAGCAGCAACAACAGCAGCACAAUCGGUGGUGGCAGUAGCAGCAACAGCAGCAGCAGUAGUGGUGGUGGUGUCGGCAAUAGUGGCAAGAGUGGUGUCAAAAGCAGUGGUGGUGGUGGUGGUGGAAGUGGUGCUGCUGGUGCUACUAUCGUCGCCGACGUCGUUGUUGCUGGUGCGGCUACCACUUCCUCGACUGGUUCGCCGCCAUCGUCAUCAUCAUCGGCCUUGGGUGCAGGAAAGAAUGUUGAUGACGAAACGGGAACGGUCGUAGAAGCAUCGACGCAUCCCUUGCCAACGUCGGCGGAAGCGGAAGACAACGCUGUGUCCGGGGCGCUGGGCAGGCUCACGCUUGGCCCAGCCGGCACAGCGACCGGCGCUGUACGCUCCGCGGCCUCCGUCGGGGUCGAAUCGGGUCGAUCCCAACUGGACGGUGGCAGCGUGAUUUGUAAAAACAUUUCUAAAAAUAAUGGUAAAACAAUGUCGUCAGCCCAGAGUUCCACAACGGCAACAAAGCCCUCUUCUGCACCAUCGCACGCCCCAGGCGCUGCUGGACGAGAUGGUAGCAGCGGCGGCAAGCAAACUAACACCAACAACAGCGAUGGCGAUGGGGGUAAAACCGCAGGAGGCGUAGGAGGAGGUACCGGAAAUACGGCCGCAGCGUCGAAGCCGGUUACCGCCGCUGCAGGUGCGCCUCCUGGCCAGAGCGCUCACAACAUCAACAGCAAACCAUCAGCGACCAGCAACAGCUCGUCUCCCGCCAAGUCGGAUACCGAGACCUUCUCCGAGAUACAGCCUCGCGUGUCGGACUCGUCAGAGUCAGAAGAGGAAUCGGUGUCGGAGAUUUUGCUGGCUUGCCUAUGUCUAAGGCCAGAUCUGCUGGUUGACGACUUCGCACUAGAUCAGCAAUCGAUCGAAAUUCCGGAAACGGAAUGUUCCGACAGCUGCGAGAAUGAUGUCGAUAUGGAUGAGUCGGACAGUUGCGACAACGAUGCCGACGAUAAUGAAGAUUCCGACGAAGAGGACGAAGAUGACGAUGACAUGGUUCAUAGUACGGUACCCGGAAAGUUUCUCUUAGAGAACGAUGACGAUACCGACCAUGAACGAGACGAAGCAGCGCAUGCAUUGACGCGAAUGAAAUCCAGCGAUGGCAGUCCAAGGGAUAAGAAUUUGCUAUCGCGUUCGCUGAUUGCGGCCUGCACUGAUAACGACGUAAACACUGUCCGGCGACUGCUUGUCGAGGGAAAUUCGCUGAACGAAGCGACCGAAGAGGGCGAUUCUUUGCUAUCGUUGGCGUGUUCCGCCGGCUACUACGAACUGGCCCAGGUACUGCUGGCAAUGUCUGCACAGGUUGAUGAUCGUGGCCAAAAGAACGACUGCACACCGCUGAUGGAAGCUGCGUCGGCUGGUCACGUUGAUAUCAUUGAGCUGUUGUUCAAGCACGGUGCAGACGUGAAUGCGCAGUCUUCCACCGGCAACACACCACUCAUGUACGCCUGUGCCGGGGGUCACGAGAAAGCGGUGAAGUUGUUGUUGGAUCACGGUGCCAAGGUGGAGGACCAUAACGAAAAUGGUCACACCCCACUGAUGGAAGCCGCCUCUGCUGGUCAUGUUGGAGUGGCUAAGAUCCUGCUGGAACAUGGUGCCGGAAUUAACACCCAUUCGAAUGAGUUUAAGGAGAGUGCACUGACCCUCGCCUGCUACAAGGGCCAUCUAGAUAUGGUGCGCUACCUUCUGGAGGCUGGGGCAGAUCAGGAGCAUAAGACCGACGAAAUGCACACGGCUCUGAUGGAAGCGUCCAUGGAUGGGCACGUGGAAGUAGCGCGGCUGCUGCUGGACUCGGGGGCACAGGUCAAUAUGCCGACGGACUCAUUCGAAUCUCCGCUCACGCUGGCAGCGUGUGGCGGACAUGUCGAUCUGGCCAUGCUGCUAAUCGAUCGCGGAGCCAACAUCGAGGAAGUGAACGAUGAAGGCUACACUCCGCUGAUGGAAGCCGCACGUGAGGGUCAUGAGGAAAUGGUGGCAUUAUUGCUACAACAGAAUGCGCAGAUCAAUGCUCAAACUGAAGAAACUCAGGAGACGGCUCUUACGCUAGCGUGCUGCGGAGGCUUCAUCGAAGUGGCCGAGUAUCUCAUCAAGAAUGGUGCAGAUAUCGAGCUCGGUGCAUCGACGCCGCUAAUGGAAGCUGCCCAGGAGGGUCACAUCGAUCUGGUGCGCUUUCUGCUGCAGCACGGUGCAAACGUACACGCCCAGACGCAGACGGGCGAUACCGCGCUGACGUACGCGUGCGAGAACGGCCAUACGGAAGUGGCGGACAUCCUGCUGAAUUACGGUGCCGAGCUGGAGCACGAAUCCGAGGGUGGCCGCACGCCGCUAAUGAAAGCCUGUCGGGCCGGUCACUGGUGCAUUGUGAAGUUCCUGAUUGAAAGGGGAGCGGAUGUGAAUCGCCACACCACCAACAACGACCACACGCCACUAUCGCUCGCUUGCACCGGCGGUCACCAGAAUGUUGUGGAACUGCUGCUGAAGAACGGUGCAGAUCCGUUCCAUCGGCUGAAGGACAGCAGCACCAUGCUGAUCGAAGCGGCGAAGGGUGGCCACAUAGGAGUGGUUCAGCUGCUGCUCGAUUUUCCUCACUCAUUGAUGAACGCUAAUGCUGCCCAGCAGCAGAACAUACUCAGCAGCGGUCAGAUGCAGCAACUGCAGCAACAGCAGCAGGUGCACCAGCAACAGUUGCAGCAGCAACAUCAGCAGGCGGCACAGCAGUUGAUCAUUACGCAGAACCACCAGCAGCAGCAUCAACUGCAGCAAGCUCAACAGCAGCAGCAGCAGCAGCAACAACAGCAGCAGCAGCAACAGCAGCAACAGCAACUGCUAGCGGGUCCACCCGGGCUGCGCGAGGUUCCUGAAGCAAUCCGAGUAAGCAACAAACAGAUUUUCCAACUGCCAAGCAAGGAAAUGCUCGAACAGCAGCAGCAGGUGCAAGCGCAGGGACAACCGCAACAGCAGUCUCAGCAGGCAACGCUGCAGCAGCAGCAGCAGUUGCAGCAACACCAGCAAUUGCUUGCCAACAGCCAUCAGCUGAUCAAUCAGGCAAACAUGCUGCUGGACAGCAGCGGCAACGAUACUUCCGUACUGGCACAACAUCUGCUGGAAAUUCAGGACUCUUCAAUAUCGAAGGACAGCUUUUUCGAGGAUUUGCGCAAUGGCUUUCGCACGCGGGCCCGCCGCAUGAACACCGUUCGGCGGGGUCUGCUACCUCCUCGGCAAUACCACCCGUUGCUGGACAGCAACAGCAGCAACACGAUCAGGCCGCUGUCGCGCAGCAACAGUUGAUACAAUACUUGCACCAACAUCAGCAGCAGGCGCAGCA